AAUAGAAGAAUAACUAACGGACACACCACAGGAGGAACAUACUCAACUGUUCCAGAGCAACAAAAAUCCAAUAUAGAGAAGAUGCAAAUUCCUGUAUUUUCCUUUGGUUUUAUUUUUCUUCUUUUCAAUUUAGAGAAGAUACAUAGUGCAGACCCAUAUAAGGGCAAUAUAGCAGAAAGAUGGAGGUUUCUUAGUGGGAAUAACAGUUGGGAAGGCUUAUUAAAUCCAUUAGACAAUGAUCUUCGUCGAUACAUUAUUCACUAUGGAGAAAUGGCACAAGCAACUCGAGAUGUCUUUAACACCAACAAACUAUCAAAGUAUGCAGGAAGUUGCAGAUACUCAAAAAAGAACCUCUUAUCUCGAGCUGGGAUUGAAAUGUCCAAUCCAUUCAAAUAUGAGGUGACCAAAUAUAUUUACGCGACAUCAUCUGUCCAAGUUCCAGAAGCAUUGAUCAUAAAAUCUUUGUCAAGGGAAGCUUGGAGCAAGGAGUCAAAUUGGGUUGGUUUUGUUGCUGUUGCUACUGAUGAGGGGAAAGUUGCUUUAGGAAGAAGGGAUAUAGUAAUUGCUUGGAGAGGAAGUGUUCAGACUAUGGAAUGGUUUAAUGAUUUUGACUUUAUUCAAGUCUCUGCCCCUGAAAUCUUUGGUCAAAAAUCUAUUCCCAAAGUUCAUCACGGUUGGUAUUCCGUUUAUACUUCUAAUGAUUCACGAUCACCAUUCAGUAAGGCCAGUGCAAGAGACCAGGUUCUUGGUGAAGUUCAAAGAUUGGUGGAGCAAUACAAGAAUGAGGAAAUUACCAUAACAGUAACAGGACAUAGCAUGGGGGCAGCAGUUGCGACAUUAAAUGCAGUGGAUAUUGUUUUCAACGGAUUUAACAAGGGCUUUCCAGUAACUGCAUUUCUAUUUGCAAGUCCUAGAGUGGGAGAUGAAAAUUUGAAGAAAACUUUCUCCAAACUUGUAAAUCUUCGAGCUCUAAGAGUCCGAAAUGCGCCAGAUAUAGUUCCAAAUUACCCAUUGCUUGGUUACUCUGAUGUUGGUGUUCAAUUAGACAUUGAUACUACGAAGUCGACAUAUCUAAGAAGUCCUGGAGAUGAGAGCAGUUGGCAUAAUAUGGACUGUUACUUGCAUGGAGUUGCUGGAACGCAAGGAUCAAAAGGAGGGUUUAAGCUAGAAGUGCAACACGAUAUUUCUGUAGUUAACAAGUAUUUAGACGCGUUAAAAGAUGAAUAUGGUGUACCAGCAUCGUGGUGGGUUGAGAAGAACAAAGGGAUGGUUCAACAGCAAGAUGGAUCUUGGAUUCUCAUGGAUCAUGAAGAUGAUGAUCUUUAGUUAUUUUUCAAGGAAAAAUAGAAUAUAAUAUAAGAGGUUUUUGUUUAACCAGAAAAUAAGAAUUUCGGUCAAAGCGUAAUUUUAGAAGAACUUAAGUUACCGAUAAUCAAAUAAGGAAAUAAAUAUGUAACAAGAAAGGAAAAUUAAACUCAGAAGUAGCCGAGUAAGCAAUAUAAAGCAAUGUAAAUGAGUUUAUUCCAAUUAUCGUCAAUGUCCCCAUACAAAUGUUAUUUCUCUCCCUUUUAUAGUUAUUUCUAAGUA